AACGCUUCUGUCUUUCAGGGCCGGAUAUGUCUGCUAUGGAAAACAAAUAAAGAAGAAAUAGCUGCAGGAUGAAAACAUGGCCGCACCCAUUCUUGCACCCCCAGGACCUGACAGCUUCAAGAAGUUUACCCCGGAGUCGCUCGCUAACAUCGAGAAGCGGAUCAAUGAAGAGCAGAACAAGAAACCAGCCAAGCCCAGGUCGGACAGCAGUCACCGCGACACGUCAGACGAGAAUGAGCCCAAGCCCAACAGGGACUUGGAGGCUGGCAAGAGCCUGCCGCUCAUCUACGGUGAUAUUCCAGCUGGCAUGGUGGCCACACCGCUAGAGGAUUUGGACCCCUUCUAUAUCAACCAGAAAACAUUCAUAGUGCUAAACAAAGGGAAAACAAUCUUCCGCUUUAGUGCCACGCCCUCCCUGUACAUCAUCAGCCCUUUUAAUAUAUUCAGGCGAAUAGCAAUUAAGAUUUUGAUACAUUCGUUAUUCAGCAUGAUCAUCAUGUGCACCAUUUUGACCAACUGUAUAUUCAUGACAUUUAGCGACCCACCAGAGUGGUCCAAACAAGUGGAGUACACCUUCACUGGUAUCUAUACAUUUGAGUCACUCACAAAAAUUGUUGCCAGAGGUUUUGCCAUCGAUGGAUUCACUUUUCUUCGAGAUCCAUGGAACUGGCUGGAUUUCAUGGUCAUUUCAAUGGCAUAUAUAACAGAGUUUGUGGACCUUGGGAAUGUGUCGGCCCUCAGAACGUUCAGGGUUCUCCGAGCAUUGAAAACUAUUUCUGUCAUUCCAGGCCUCAAGACCAUUGUGGGCGCCUUGAUCCAAUCUGUGAAGAAACUCUCCGACGUGAUGAUCCUGACCGUCUUCUGCCUCAGCGUCUUUGCUCUGAUCGGCCUGCAGCUCUUCAUGGGGAACCUGCGGCAAAAAUGCGUCUUUUGGCCUGUCAAUGUGACCAACCUGUACCUGUCCAAUGGCUCCAAGGGCUUUGACUGGGACGAAUACAUCAUGAAUGAUACUAACUUCUACUUUUACCCAGGUCAGGGUGAUGCGUUAUUAUGUGGUAAUAGUUCGGACUCGGGCCGAUGUCCCGAAGGCUUUACAUGUAUGAAAGCCGGAAGGAACCCCAACUAUGGUUACACCAGCUUUGACAGCUUCGGAUGGGCCUUCCUCACCCUCUUUCGUCUGAUGACCCAAGACUUCUGGGAAAAUCUCUACAUGCUGACUCUGCGAGCGGCGGGCAAGACCUACAUGAUCUUCUUUGUUCUGGUCAUCUUUGUGGGCUCCUUCUAUCUCGUCAAUCUCAUCUUGGCUGUGGUGGCCAUGGCCUACGAGGAACAGAACCAGGCCACCAUUGAAGAGGCUGAGCAAAAGGAGGCCGAAUUCAAAGCCAUGCUGGAGCAGCUCAAAAAGCAGCAGGAAGAAACACAGGCGGCGGCCAUGGUGACCUCUGCGGGCACUGUUUCGGAGGUCGCCUUGGAGGAUGAGGGAGGCGGUCAUCUGUCCCGCAGUUCAUCUGAGGUCUCUAAGUUGAGUUCCAAGAGUGCCAAGGAGCGUCGCAAUCGCAAGAAGAAAUGGCGCCAGAAAGAGCAGGAGAAAGAGAAGGGGGACAGCGAGAAGGUUGUCAAGUCCGAGUCGGAUGACGGCAGCAAGAGAAGUACCCUUCGUUUCCCGGGAAGCCGUCUGGGCAGGAAGACGUCGAUCAUGAACCAGUCACUGCUGAGCAUCCCGGGCUCGCCCUUCAUGUCACGCCACAACAGCCGCAGCAGCAUCUUCAGCUUCAAAGGCCGCUCCAAGGACAUCGGCUCGGAAAACGAGUUUGCCGACGACGAGCACAGUACGGUGGAGGAGAGUGAGGACCGCCGGGGCUCCCUGUUCAUCCCUUUCCGCCGGAACAGCUACAGCGGCUACAGCCCAGGCUCGGCGCGCAUCCACCCGCUGGCGCCUCAUUCAGGAGGAAAGAGGAACAGCACGGUGGACUGCAAUGGCGUGGUGUCUAUCAUCGGCCCGGGGGCUGGCAGACGGCUUCUGCCUGAGGUGAAAAUAGAUAAGGCAGCCACUGAUGACAGUACCACAGACGUGGAAAUUAAGAAGAAGCACUCCGGCUCUCUCAUGGUAUCUGUCGACCAGCUCAACUCCUUCAAAGGAAAAGACCGCGCCAACAGUCAGAUGAGCGUCGUCACCAACACUCUGUUGGAGGAGUUGGAAGAAUCUCAGCGGAAGUGCCCCCCCUGUUGGUACAAAUUCGCCAACACGUUUCUAAUCUGGGAGUGCCAUCCCCACUGGCUGAAGAUCAAGCAUAUUGUCUACUUGAUUGUCAUGGACCCAUUUGUUGACUUGGCCAUCACCAUCUGCAUUGUCCUCAACACCCUUUUCAUGGCCAUGGAGCACUAUCCAAUGACAGAACACUUUGAGGGUGUCCUCUUCGUAGGCAAUCUGGUUUUCACAGGCAUCUUUGCCGGGGAGAUGUUUGCCAAACUGGUCGCCAUGGAUCCCUACUACUACUUUCAAGAAGGAUGGAAUUGUUUUGAUGGAUUUAUUGUGACUCUGAGUUUAGUGGAGCUGGGACUCCAAGAUGUGGAGGGCCUGUCCGUGCUCAGGUCCUUCCGAUUGUUGAGGGUGUUCAAACUUGCCAAAUCAUGGCCCACACUCAACAUGUUGAUCAAGAUCAUUGGUAAUUCGGUGGGGGCGCUGGGUAAUCUGACCCUGGUGCUGGCCAUCAUUGUCUUCAUCUUCGCUGUGGUGGGCAUGCAGCUGUUUGGCAAAAGCUACAAAGACUGUGUGUGCAAGAUCGCGGAAGACUGUAAGCUGCCUCGCUGGCACAUGCAUGACUUCUUCCACUCCUUCCUGAUUGUAUUCAGAGUGUUGUGUGGGGAGUGGAUUGAGACCAUGUGGGAUUGUAUGGAGGUGGCGGGACAGACAAUGUGCCUCAUAGUCUUCAUGAUGGUCAUGGUCAUCGGGAACUUGGUGGUUUUGAACUUGUUCCUGGCUCUGUUGCUGAGCUCAUUUAGUGCGGACAACCUCGCUGCCACGGAUGAUGAUGGCGAGCCCAACAAUCUCCAGCUCGCCGUCGCUCGUAUCAAGAUAGGCAUUGCCUGGCUCAAGGUCCACGUGCGUCUCUUUGUUGCCACGGUGCUCAAGAAGCCUGUCGAGGAUGAACAAAAACCUCUGGAUGAACUGUAUGAGAAAAAGAUGAACUGCUUAGCCAACCAUUCGGUUGACAUCAACCGUGAACUGGACUUUGCUAAAAAUGGCAACGGUACCACCAGCGGCAUCGGGAGCAGCGUCGGAAAGUACAUGAUUGAUGAAGACUACAUGUCAUUCAUCCACAACCCCAACCUGACUGUGUGUGUUCCGAUUGCCGUCGGAGAGUCGGACUUUGAAAACCUUAACACGGAGGACUUCAGCAGUGAAUCGGAUGUGGAGAACAGCAAAGAUCUGGAUGACACCAGUUCAUCUGAGGGCAGCACAAUAGACAUUAAGCCUGAUGUGGAGGAGGUGGCAGUCGUGGAGGUUGUGGAGGAGUACCUUGACCCGGAGGCUUGCUGGACAGACGAAUGUGUGGCAAAAUACAAGUGCUGUGAUGUUCCCAUCACUCACGGCUGGGGGAAGCACUGGUGGUUCCUGAGGAAGACCUGCUAUCUGAUUGUGGAACACAACUGGUUUGAAACACUCAUCAUCUUCAUGAUCUUACUUAGCAGUGGAGCUCUGGCCUUUGAGGACGUCUACAUUGAGCAGAGGAAGACCAUCCGUAUUAUUCUGGAGUACGCCGAUCGGGUUUUCACCUACAUAUUCAUUUUGGAGAUGUUGCUGAAGUGGGUGGCUUACGGCUUUGUCAAGUACUUCACCAACGCUUGGUGCUGGUUGGACUUCUUCAUUGUGGAUGUGUCAAUAGUCAGCCUUAUAGCUAAUGCCUUGGGCUUCUCCGAUCUUGGCCCAAUUAAGUCACUCAGGACACUGAGGGCCUUGCGACCCCUCAGGGCCCUGUCACGUUUUGAAGGGAUGAGGGUGGUGGUGAACGCCUUGGUUGGGGCCAUUCCAUCCAUUAUGAACGUGCUCCUGGUGUGUCUCAUCUUCUGGCUCAUCUUCAGCAUCAUGGGCGUGAACCUCUUUGCUGGGAAGUACUACUACUGCUACAAUGACACGCAAGAGGAAAUAUUCCAUCCCAACGAGGUGAACAACCGAACGCAGUGUUUUGCGCUCAUGAACGACAACCACUCUGAAGUCAGAUGGAAAAAUGUCAAGAUCAACUUUGAUAAUGUCGGGGCGGGCUACCUGGCCCUCCUGCAAGUGGCAACAUUCAAAGGGUGGAUGGACAUUAUGUAUGCGGCAAUAGAUUCGAGAAAGGUGGAGGAUCAGCCGCUCUAUGAGGACAACUUAUACAUGUACAUCUACUUUGUCAUCUUUAUUAUCUUUGGUUCAUUCUUCACCCUAAACCUCUUCAUUGGUGUCAUCAUCGAUAACUUCAACCAGCAAAAGAAAAAGUUUGGCGGUCAGGAUAUAUUCAUGACAGAAGAACAGAAGAAGUACUACAAUGCCAUGAAGAAACUUGGCUCAAAGAAACCACAAAAGCCUAUACCCAGACCACAGAACAAAAUCCAGGGAAUGGUUUUUGACUUUGUGACCCAGCAAGUGUUUGACAUCUCUAUCAUGAUCCUCAUCUGCCUCAACAUGGUCACCAUGAUGGUGGAGACAGACGAUCAGUCAAAAGAGACCGAGGUUGUGCUUUACUGGGUCAACUUCAUCUUCAUCGUUGUCUUCACCGGCGAGUUUUUGCUGAAGCUCUUUGCACUGCGUCACUACUACUUUACCAACGGCUGGAACAUCUUUGACGUCGUGGUAGUCAUCCUCUCCAUCGUGGGAAUGUUCCUCGCCGACUUGAUCGAGAAGUAUUUUGUGUCGCCAACACUAUUCAGAGUGAUCCGAUUGGCUCGUAUCGGGCGAAUCCUGCGCCUCAUUAAGGGCGCCAAAGGCAUCCGGACGCUUCUCUUCGCCUUGAUGAUGUCGCUCCCGGCCUUGUUUAACAUCGGCCUGCUGCUUUUCCUGGUCAUGUUCAUUUUCUCCAUCUUCGGCAUGUCCAACUUUGGCUACGUAAAACACGGGGCCGGGAUCGAUGACAUGUACAACUUUGAGACCUUCGGCAACAGCAUGAUCAUCUUGUUUAUGAUUACCACGUCAGCUGGCUGGGACGGCCUGCUGUUGCCCAUUCUUAACUACCCUCCGGACUGCGACCCCUUGCUGGAGAAUUCUGGCACUCCUUCAACUGGAAACUGCGGCAACCCAUCCGUGGGCAUCUUCUUCUUUGUCAUGUACAUCAUCAUUUCUUUCCUCAUUGUGGUCAACAUGUACAUCGCCAUCAUUCUGGAGAACUUCAGCGUGGCCACGGAGGAGAGCGCCGACCCGCUCAGCGAGGAUGACUUUGAGACCUUCUAUGAAAUUUGGGAGAAGUUUGACCCCACUGCCUCCCAGUUCAUCACUUAUGCCAAGCUUUCCGACUUUGCGGACGCACUUGAGCACCCUCUGCGAGUCCCCAAGCCCAACACUAUUGAACUCAUUGCUAUGGACAUGCCAAUGGUGAGCGGGGACCGCAUACACUGCCUGGACAUCCUCUUUGCCUUCACCAAACGCGUGCUGGGCGACAGCGGUGAGUUGGACAUGUUGAGGCAGCAAAUGGAGGAGCGAUUUGUGGCGGCCAAUCCCUCCAAGGUCUCUUACGAGCCCAUCACCACCACUCUGAGGCGCAAGCAGGAGGACGUGUCCGCCCGAAUCAUCCAGAGGGCCUAUCGCGCCCACUUGGUGAGGCGGGGUUUCGUUUGCAAGCGCAUCCCAACCAACAACAGAGUGGAGAACGGCGGCAACAAUCAGGAACAAGAGAAGGAAGCCACGCCCUCCACCGCCUCCCUGCCCUCAUACGAUAGCGUCACCAAACCCGACAAGGAGAAGGAUGACGACAACGAGGGCAAGGGCGGGAGGAACGAGAGAGGAAGAAACCUUAAGGAUGACAGGGAAUCCAAAUGUUAAGACGACGGGAUAGUAAUAAUCAUGCAAAUAACACCACAAGUUAUAACACGAGGAAAAUCACACUCGCACGGAUGUACAGAUUAUUUCAUUUGCAAGACGGAAAAGAAUCCGUUUUUUAGUUGCAGGCUUCUGAGGGCAGCGCUCACACCGUUGACAGCUUUGAAGGCUCUAGAACUCCUCUCCUAAUCAGCUGGGACGUCAUUGUAUCGCGAUGAGUCACCACAGAGGAGACGAGGAGCUCCAAACGGAGGACAGAACGAUGAGGAACUCUUGCCAGAGUUGCACUGCGCAAGGACUGGAAUGUCUCUCGGAGCAAACUGCGGUUGCGUGAAAGACACAAAUCGGCGAGCGCAUCAGGAGUAUUUUCCUUUUGUUCAAGCUAGAAAUUGUUCAUGUGAGCAGCAAAAAUGCAAACCAAUAUAAAAGGAACACUAUUUAUCGUUUUGCCCAUGCUACUUAAGUCCCAUUAUUUAUACCCACGUCCGAAUGUUUAUUAUUAUUAUUUUUUUUGUUUGGAACAUGAUGGGCUUUCACACCAAUUUGUUCAGGGUCUGUCUAUUACGGGGGUGAACUCAGGCCAAGGGCUUACGUACAUUUACUCAGAACAAUUUCCAAAACAACUACGUAGGUAAUUGUGCUUGUUCGAUGCAUAAAAAUGAUUUGCAUGAUGGCAUGUUUUUUGACCAGAACUCUUGCAUGAACUUUUCAUGGUCCACAAGACACUAACACUGCAGUGGCGCGAUACGAGGGUCGAUUAUCCGAAACGGAAACCUUGUCUCAUCACUCAAGACAUCACAACUAUUGCCUCUAUAAAUAGACUGGAAAAUGCUGGUACAUGAAAACACACGCGCUAGUGGAUCGCAGUUGUAAUGUGAAUACUUAUUUGCUGCUCUCGAAGAUGUGCAAAGAGCGAUGAAGGACGCGAUGUCAGAAAAUCAGAAGCUUAUAGUUAACGUUUCUAUGCACCUGUGUAAUGCUCCAUUUGCUUUUAUUGUUUGUAAGUGGUCAGUAGAGAUUUUACAAGGAUGGCCUUUGUUUUUAAAUUAUUGGUGAUGCAUUUCCUUUCCGAAAGGGCUGAGAGGAAGGAGAUCUUAAGCUUAUUCACGCAAGUGUGUGUGUGUGUGUGUGUGUGUGUGUGUGUGUGUGUGUGUGCGUGUGUGCGUUCUUCCCCUUGUUUUCUCGUUUUUAUAAGUCUCAUUUCAGAAGAGGGAAACAUGUUUGUCCGAUUUAAAUUGAGUCAUGAGAAAGGCGACCAUUGGAGUGUGUGGAGAAGCCAAAGAGAUCCGCCUUGUUUGUUCUUCACCGGUGAAGAGGGUUUGCGUUUAUGACUAAAUGUCCGUUCAUUUUUGAUGACACUGUUUCAUUUUUCUCUGAACAGAGACCCGAGAAUUGUAUGCAAUGCUUGAAAAAAAAAUCCUCCCCUUUUUUCUCAGGAGAUAUUAUACUCGAGCUCUGCUACAUAAUGCAAGUGAAUGUGACGGCCGCAUUUAUUAAAUCACAUUUUACGCCUUUGGUUUUAAUGCCAGGAUGAUGAUGAUGAUGGGAAACCGGCAGCCUUGUUUCAAUAGGAGUCAUGGUCCAUUUUGUUGUAGGACUUCCUGCUUAUGACGCGUAGAAUUAUAGGGCUAGAAGCAUCUCAGUGGAAAAAGAACCCUUUUUUUUUGCUCUCGCUUGCAGAAGCGCUGGUUAAAUUUGUCGUGGAUUGCAUUUAGGAGGACGUCAUUGUGGAUUCAAUUCAAUUCUUCAUUCAUGUCUGGAAAACAAAUAACCAGAUUCACCCUAGUAGUACGUACACACAGGAAACACUGGGAGCAGAUGUUGCAGAUUUGUACGAUUUUACACACGCUCUGACCCUAUCCGCGCCGCACUCAAUACCAAAUAAUUAUCAGAGCACUGGACGUUAUCUCACGGUGUGAGCACACAUGCCGCAGCAGAGCUUAAGCACUGUACAGUGAUGUCACUUCCUCUUUAUGGAUGGUUAACCCCCGCCCCGCCCCCAUUCCCAUGUGUUCCCAAGUCCUGCAAAUGGUCCACUUUCUGCAUGUGCGCUCCAAAAUCAACGUGGGUGUUGACCUAAUAAAACCAUGAAUGAUAAGCAUAAAACUUCUCUCUACCCUCAUCGUGUAUGUAAGAAGUACUCCGUUCUCAAAAGUGGAUUCAUUUCAAAGAAGAAAAGAAAAAGUAUAAACUUUGUUCUGAAGCAGAAAAAUGAACAUUCAUGAGAACCUAAUGCAUUUAUUUUAAAAAACAAACAAACAAACCACCACAACUAUUAAUCUUACACGUAAAUAUAAAUAAAGAUAAAUACAAUGGCUCCCAGCUUCUGACCCGCCAUUCGUUAGGCUGUGACACGUUUGUCAGAGUACUUUUUUAAAAUUCAUUUUUCACACAAAAAAAGGGAUUAAUAGAAAAUAAUCUAUAUUACUAAUCAAUACCUUCAUAUACAGAGCUAUAUAUAUAUAUAUAUACGUAUAUAAUAGAUAUACACACACACAUACACUGUAUGUAUAUUAGAACAAUGUUUGUGAUGAAACUCGCCUGUCCACUCUUUGCAAUUGUGUGAAACCACAAUUUACCAUGCAGCUUUCUUCGUGUGUGUAUAGUCCUUCAAUAACCAAAAACUGUGGCCCAACCAGCACCCAAAGGUGCCAGCGCGUAAUGCAUGGUGUUGCACUGGCUGCUUGCUGAGAAUCGGGGAGCCUGGCUUGGUGGGAGGAUUGCACUAACCAGCAUAACGUUUUGUACGUUUGCGACAAUGUUUUGCCUCUUAUUUUCAUUGUGUGCGCACGCAUUCAUAACGCUGGCAUCAAGUAUGACCCUCACUUGUGUGUGAAGCGUUGGCGCAAUACAACUCUCACCCUCCGCCAUGUUUGUCACACACUGAUAGCACCUCCAUUGCGAUACAGUAUGUGUAAAGACCCCAGGGUUGGUCGUCUUAGUUGCCCGUGUUUUUCUUUCUGGUGCAAUAUCCCUAAACGGCACGUGCCUUUUUAGCUUCCUAUUUAGUCUCUCUUUGAAGUCGGAAACACAGAGCUUGAAAACCCCACUGGAGGGAUUCAAAACAGAGCAUGAUAGGAGCAAUGUAUUCAGUCCAAAAUGAACUGGUAUAUCGCUAACUCACCGUGUUCGUUAGAUUGUCUGGACUAACUUCAUAUUGUAGAAUCAUACAAAAUGAGUUCUCUCUCUCUCUCUUGAUCGUUGUCCCCUGUGUUCAGUUUACAAGGUUUUGGGCUGGUAAAACUUUUCUUUCUGUUUUACAGGUUUCUGUCAAAGUUGCAUCAUCACUAUAUGUGGCCAUUGUUUUGAUUAAGCAUGACUGGGAUAAGCUUUGUUUUCUUUUGCUGAAAAUAGGCUGACUGGGUGCGGGUAGUGGUGGUCGGGGACAACUUUUGAAUGUCAUUCUAUUUUGCCACUAAUGCAGCCAGAGAGAGGAACAUGUUGCACAACCACGAGAAAAUUCAGUUUGAAUCAGUGAAAAAUGUCUUUAUUUCAGCACGAACGUAUUUCCAAACAAUAAAGCAGCCUUCCAGUUA